AUGGGGAGGGCAAAGUUGAAGAUGGAACUGAUUGAGAAUGAGAAAGCACGAAACACAACCUUCAAAAAAAGAAAGGAAGGCCUAAUCCGCAAACUCACCGAAUUCACAACCCUCUGCGACGUCAACGCCUGCAUGAUCAUCUACGGCCCCAACCAAACCCGCCCCGACCUCUGGCCGCCCCACGACCCGGACCAAGUCCGCCGCAUCAUCGACCUCUACAAGUCCAAAAACACCGACGCCGCCGGAACCAAGUCCUUCGGCGUCGUCGACUUGUUCCAAGGCCGCAAGAAGCAGAUCGAGGAGGAACUCGAAAAGCUGCGCCGCAAGAAUCUAGAAGCCAAAUACCCGACCCGCCCGGAUCUGCUCAACGCCCUCGACGAGGCCCAUCUCCGCCAGCUUCACGCCUUUCUCACCGCCAAGGCCAGCUACGUCAGAUCUAGAAUCCAACUGCUGAGGAUGAACCAACAAGACCACCGGAUCAUGAAUCCGAAGGUCGAAAUGGUGAUCGAUCAUCGAAGAGUGCUUCAUAACUCCAUGAUGAUGGCUGGAUCAUCUAGCAAUUCUAAUGUGCAGCUCAAGCGCGAAUUUUACUACGAGUCUGCCACAGGGUAUUAUCAGCAGUACAUGGUGCCGCCGCUGCUGCCCCGUCCUUACUUGCUCCAGGCGAUGGUGCAACCGCAGCUGCAGUAUUUGGCUAAUCAAGAUGAAUUGAUGAUGAGAAAUCAGGAUGGCUUCAAGUAUGAAGAUUUGACCACCAAGUUCUCUUACUAAGGUUUGGGUAUAUAUUGUCUUCAAUUUGGAUUAGGGUUUAGAUUUUCUUACAUGAAUUUCUAUUUUGUUACAU